GCGUCUUCGUUCCGCCGCCAGCAUGGCCAAGCAAAGCUCGAUCUUCAAGUUCUUCAGCAAGUCCCCGCCGCUGGUCUCGAAGCCGAAGCCGAGCCCUUGUCCUACCGAGGCGGACCUGCCCUCGUCCGUCAACAAGUCCAACUCCUCGCCCAAGGAGCAAGCCAAAGUCGCGCCGCCGCGGCGGGCCACCAAACGCAGCGAAGCUAAACCGCGGUCUAGACCUGCGAAAGGGGGGCUCGCUAAACCCGCUGGCGGCAAGGCGUCCGCCGCCGGGGGAAGCCCACCAUGCCCUUUCAAUGCUGGUGCCCUGGUGUGGGCAAAGCUGGAGGGACACCCUUGGUGGCCAUGCAUGGUGGUACCCCAGCCUCUGAGUGGUGAACAGAUGAGGAGUCAAGGUCGGGACCAACGCUUGCAUGUCCAUUUCUUUGAUGAACCUCCUACCAGAGGAUGGGUCAGUACCAAAUACAUCAGAGAGUACCAAGGCUCUGACAGCAGUGAUGCCAAAACCGGAGGGGUGUUCUUCAGUGGCAAGCCUGUAAUUCGCCAUGCAAUGGAACUUGCCGACAGCGUCAUGUUUGAAAGCCCUGAGAAAAGACUGAAGAUGCCUCUAUGCACUGACCCAUCUGAUGAUGAAGAGGAGAAUGAGGAUGACAUGGAGCCUGAUGAGCCGACAGUCACUGAUGAAGACGUUUCUGAUGAGGAAGAACAGGAAAAUAUGGAAGUGAAAUCUUCCAAGCCCACUCGCCGCUCAUCCCGUGCUUCAACAGUAAAGGAAAAUAAGCCGAAGCGCCGUCGUAUUGUUGUGGUCUCAGACAGUGAAGAAUCAGGUGAGGAAUUUGAACCAGAAAAUGCUGCAGCCAGCAGUGAAGAAGAAGAAGAAGAGGAGGAGGAGGAGGAGGCCUUUAGUAACAAGGAGGAGGAAGAAGAGAGCAGUGAGCAAGAGUCUAUAGCAGACAGCCCAGUCAAACCUGUGAAGCGCAAACGUCCUACAGAUAAGUCUGCAAAGGCAAAAAACAAAGCCCCCACUCCUCCUGCUAAUAAGACAAAACAAGCUCAGCUGGGUAUUGCAGCCGACACUAAGUCACGACUGUCAGCAUUCUCUGCCCCCGACAACUUUGAGAGCCAGAUGAAUGGCUCAGGUGGAGGCACCACAGUGUGGGACCACGAGAAGCUGGAGUGGUUGCAGGAUGGCAAGAGGAAAGACAGCCGAAGACUACAACAGAGAGAGGAAGACUACGACCCCACCACCCUCUAUGUGCCAGAGGCCUUCCUGUUAAAAAGCACGCCUGGAAUGCGGCGCUGGUGGGAACUUAAAGCUAAAAUGUUUGAUACAGUGCUCUUCUACAAGGUGGGGAAGUUCUACGAGCUGUACCACAUGGAUGCUGUGAUAGCGGUCAGUGAGUUGGGCCUAACCUUUAUGAAAGGGACCUGGGCCCACUCAGGCUUUCCAGAGAUUGCCUUUGGCCGUUUCUCUGGCGUAAUGGUUCAGAAAGGCUACAAGGUGGCCCGUGUAGAGCAGGUAGAGACCCCAGAGAUGAUGGAGGCCCGCUGCAAGACCACGUUGAAGCCCACUAAGUUUGACCGUGUGGUAAAGAGAGAGGUGUGCAAGAUAAUUACACAAGGCACCCAAACCUACAGUGUGUUGGACGGUGCCCCCUCAGAGAGCCACAGCAAGUACCUACUGAGUUUAAAGGAGAAGGCUGAGGAGGAGAGCUCAGGUUGUUGCCGAACCUAUGGGGUCACCUUCGUUGAUGCCUCUGUUGGUUAUUUCCAUGUUGGCCAGUUCCAAGAUGACCGCCACUGCUCUCGAUUGCGCACUCUAGUGGCACACUUUGCACCUGCACAAGUUCUUUUUGAAAAGCGGAACCCAUCUCUUGAAACGCGUAAAAUACUGAAGGCUUCACUGUCCUCUGCCAUGCAGGAAGGGCUUAAUGCAGGUACUCAAUUUUGGGAUGCACAGAAGACCCUCAAGACCCUGGCAGAAGAGGACUACUUUAAAGAGAGUGUUGUGAAUGAUCAGGAGACGGGCAACAACCAUCUUCCUACUGUCCUGAAAAAUAUGACAUCUGAGAGUGAUUCAUUGGGCCUAACCCCUAAGGAAGGUUACGAGCUAGCCCUCUCAGCCCUGGGUGGAUGCAUGUUCUACCUGAAGAAGUGUCUAGUGGACCAGGAGCUGCUGUCUAUGGGUAAUUUUGAAGAGUACAUCCCUGUCGAUGUGCAAGUUGUGAAAGCAGCUGGCCCUGCCAGCUUUUUUGCCCAGACCCGUCAGCGUAUGGUGCUGGACGGAGUGACACUGGCCAACUUGGAGGUCCUCCAGAAUGGGUCUGGGGGUUCAGAGGGAACACUGUUGGAGCGCCUUGAUACCUGCUGUACUCCAUUUGGCAAAAGGCUUCUUAAGCAGUGGCUCUGUGCUCCACUCUGUAACCCCAAAUCUAUCGAGGAUAGAUUGGAUGCUUUGGAAGACUUAAAGGGUGUCCAGGCCCAGGUUACUGAGGUGACAGAGCUGCUGAAGAAAUUGCCUGAUCUGGAGCGUCUUCUGAGCAAGAUCCAUGGCAUUGGCACUCCUCUGAAGGGCCCGGACCACCCUGAUAGCAGAGCAGUUCUCUAUGAGGAGGUCGCCUACAGCAAGCGUAAGAUUGCAGACUUCCUCUCUACCCUGGAAGGCUUCAAAAUUAUGCAGGAGAUCAUUUCAGUCCUUGCUCCAUUCACAGAUGACUUUAAUUCUGUGCUACUCCGCCAGAUUUUCACUCUAAAAGCCAAUAGUAAAGACGGCCUAUUUCCUGACCUCUCAGCAGAACUUGAGCGCUGGGAGACAGCCUUUGACCACCAAAAAGCCCGCACCACCGGUGUCAUAACACCCAAGGCAGGUUUUGACUCAGAGCACGACCGGGCCCUGAGUGGUAUCAAGAACUGUGAGAGGGAACUACAGGAGUACCUGGACAGACAGAAGAAGAGGCUGGGCUGUAAGGUCCUGGCGUACUGUGGCACUGGAAAAAACCGCUACCAGAUGGAGGUGCCUAAUAGCAUACCGGAGAGGAAUAUUCCUGAGGAAUACCAACUGAAGUCUACAAGGCAAGGCUGGAAGCGGUAUGUGUCCCAGGAUAUUGAGCGCCUGUUCUUGGAGCUGCAAGGCUUUGAGGAGAAGAGAGACGCUGCCUUGAAUGACUGCAUGAGAAGGCUCUUCUACAACUUUGACAAGAACUACAGAGACUGGCAGACUGGUGUACAGUGCAUGGCUGUGUUGGACGUGCUUCUGAGCUUCUUGUGCUACAGUCAAGGGGGAGACGGCCCAAUGACCAGGCCACAAGUGCUGCUUCCUGAGGGUGACGGCCAAUCGGCACCUUUCCUAGACCUAAGGGGCUCACGUCACCCGUGUGUUUUGAAGACCUUUUUUGGAGAUGACUUCAUCCCCAAUGACAUUGUCAUCGGGUGCCCUGGUGGCAGUGAUGAAGAUGUAGGAAAAGACCGCGCCCCCUGUGUCCUUGUCACAGGGCCCAACAUGGGUGGGAAGUCCACCCUCAUGAGACAGUGUGGGUUGAUUGUCAUCCUGGCUCAGCUGGGCUGCUAUGUUCCUGCUGAGAAUUUGCGCCUCACUCCAGUGGACAGGGUCUUUACUCGUCUGGGUGCCUCAGAUCGCAUUAUGGCUGGGGAGAGUACCUUCUUUGUAGAGCUCAGUGAGACUGCCACUAUCCUACACCACGGGACCCAACACUCCCUUGUGCUCCUCGAUGAACUGGGUAGGGGCACAGCCACAUAUGAUGGCACAGCCAUUGCCUGUGCUGUUGUGAAGGAGCUCGCUGAGAAGAUUGGCUGCCGCACCCUCUUCUCUACACAUUACCACUCACUGGUGGAGGACUACGCCAACAACGCUGCUGUUCGGCUCGGCCACAUGGCCUGCAUGGUGGAGAACGAAUCUGAGGAUCCAAGUCAAGAGACCAUCACCUUCCUCUACAAGUUCAUCGCAGGGGCUUGCCCAAAAAGCUAUGGCUUCAAUGCUGCUCGACUUGCAAACCUCCCAGAGGAAGUCAUUCAGUUAGGACACAGAAAGGCCAGAGAGUUCGAGAAAAACACCGUCAGUCUGAGAGUCUUCCGGAAGCUCUGCCAGUUUGCCGAUGACGCCACCUCAGGAAAAACACAGUUUGCUUCUCUGGUUCGGAUGAUCGACAGUGUGUGAACACACUUUCUGUCGUGUAGUGGCUUCCUUUAUAUGCUCCGUUGUUCUGUUAUCCGCACAAAAAAAAAAACCCCACUACUGUAAUGAUCUAAUAAAGUUUAUUUUUUAAAAAUGACUUUAUCUAGGAAAUUAAACCCCUUGAAUUCACACUAACGCCUACAUAAUGGUUAUUGAAUACUUCACAAUAUAUUAAGUCUAGAUGUUAUGAUACAUGCAUACAAUUCAGGCUGUAUGAGAAACCCACAGUCACCAAUACACAUGAAUGGGGAAGAAAAGCGAUGAAACAUAGCGCUGUAUAGAUGACACCUGUCCCAGCUUCGACAGAGUAAAAGCUUUCAUUCUCCAGCAGUACUGAAACAUGGACCACGGCCUUCAGCUUGUCCAACAUGUGGCAAGAUGUUCCGGUGUUUCCACAACACUCGUUUGCAGUUUUUCAAAACUUGGACGAGAAAGAUUUGGGGAAUUAAGAGUUGACAGUUUUUUUUUUUUAAAUGUUAACCGUAAUCGGUUGUGCACUUUUUAUACUCGAGAAGCGAGUUUUGACGAUUUGGUGAGGAAAAAGGAUUUGCUGGGAGAAGCUCAUUUCAGUGAUGGGCAACAUGGUCCAGAAAGGGCCGGUGUGGGUGCAGGUCUUUGUUCCAACACACCUCAGU